AGCAGCGAGAGGGCGGCGCCGCGCUCCCUCAGCGCCCCCCGCGAGAGGCCGCGCCCGGCGGGAGGAAACACCUGCAUGAGUCUGUCACUGCCUGACCUUGGCUGCAGGGGAGGUCGGUGGCACUGAAGGCUGGCAGCAGCACUGUGGGUCACAGCAUGUCUAAAGAGCUGCAGGAGCUGCAGAAGCAAUGGCACUUCAUCGUGCAGUCCAUCCACAGCAACUCCAAUGUCGUUGCGUUUAUGAACUCCCGCCUUGGCCUGUAUUUGGAUGACCAUCCUUUUGUUGCCUUAUCGCUCCUGAUGUUUGUUGCAGUGUCUACGAUUCCUGUGGCAUUUUUCCUCAUCUUUGUUGUUACAACAGUCAUAAUGGCUUGUGUUGGUGUGAUAGUCAUGGAAGGUGUUGUGAUAUCCAUCGGGGGCAUAGCCCUCCUCUGUGUGCUUUGUGGCCUGGGUGCACUUUCACUGGGAGUUUCUGGAGUGUUGAGUGUUUGUUACAUCAUUCUUUCAGCUUUGGUCAACUACUGGUGUGCCUCAAGGAGCCAAGCGAGGAAGCAAGAAGUUAAUGGAAGUUCGCCACAGAAGAGUCUGUCUGUCAUGGACUUCUCGGACGACAAACGAAAGAACAAAUAAGUGGGAUUCUGUCCAUCUCCUUUGUACACACUCCGCUGUGCAGGUCUGUCCUUUGCAAUGUAAUUGUUUACUUGUUGAGCAUCCGACCUCAGUGCACUCUGUAUGGGAGCUGAAAGAGCCGACGUGCAUCGUGUGUUGUCACUGUAACACCAAUGGUGGGAGUACCCACUGUGAUACUGCAUGAAAGAGGGAAUGUUCUGCAGAGUUUGGUACGGGGAUGCAACAGUAACAGCAGAGUUGAUGGCAGGUGGGUGAAAGAAGGGGUAGGGGGUGUUUGCCUUUUUUACUGGAGUUCUGGAUGUACUUUUUGCAAUUUGUAUGCUAUAGUUUGACCAUUUUAUACGUAAGCAUUAAAGCACAGAACAUCAGAAAUGCUUUUGAAAGGUGAAAAAGUAAUUUCUAAGUGCUAACAGCCCAUGUUAAAAUACUGUGAGUAUACCACACUAGCACUGUGUGUUGUGAGAGGAAAACGUGUUUCAUCAUACCUUAAUUGUGGUAUAAGCUUUUACACACCUUUACAGCUGAAGGGAUGUUUUCCUGUACUCAUUGCCACCUCACAGCAGCAGUAUGCAGUCUGCCCUUCUGUUCUGUCAUGCUCUGGGUGCUUAAAUGGCCUGUUUUGCUUCUUAGUUGUAACCUCGCACUUUGUUUAAACCUUUUCCAUUUUUGAAAAUGCUGUAAUAUUUCUAAGCAUUAUCUAACUAUAUGAGUUUAAUAAAGUGCUGUUUGUUUAA